AUGGACCCGCACAAAUCGACGAUCGACGAAAUCGAGAAGGCAAUGUUGUCUCCUCUCGACCGACAUGGGGACCAGGAACACCAGCGGAAGUUAACGCGGAGGAUCAUGCUGAAGUUGGACACAAGGAUCCUCCCAAUGCUCGCCCUGUUGUUCCUCUGCUCAUUCUUGGAUCGGACAAAUGUCGGAAAUGCCAAAAUUCUCGGAUUGGAAGAGGAUCUCUCCAUCACAGACCACCAGUAUGACAUUGGAUUGGCUGUGUUCUAUCUCACCUAUAUUUGCAGCGAAUUGCCCAGUAACCUAGUUCUCAAAAAGGCUUCCCCCAAGCUUUGGUUGCCAUUCUUGACUGCUGUGUGGGGGAUUAUCACAAUGUGCCUAGGAUUCGUCCAAGGAUAUGCUGGAUUUGUCGCCGUGCGAGCUUUGCUGGGUAUUGCGGAAGGUGGUCUGCUCCCCGGAAUGGUCUUGUACCUGUCUACAUUCUAUAGACGAGGGGAUUUGGCCCUGCGAAUUGGCUUGUUUUAUACAGCGGCUUCCUUGUCAGGUGCCUUUGGAGGGCUUCUUGCUCGAGGGCUAGCUGAAAUUGGACCUCGAGGCGGCAUUGAAGGGUGGCGUUGGAUUUUGAUUAUCGAAGGGCUCUUGACUUUUGUCUGUGGAGUUUUGAGUUACUUCGUUCUUCCGAACAGCCUGGAAACUGCCUCGUUUUUGACUGCCGAAGAAAAGGAAUUUGGACGGGAAAGACUGAUGUUGGAUAAUCCCAGAUCAGUGGAGGGAACGCUGGCCUCCGAGGCAGAAUCGUUCAAAUGGUCUGAAGUACGCCGAGGAGUUCUGGAUGUCCAAGUGUGGCUUUCCGCCUCGGCGUACUUUGCUAUUCUCUCUGGGCUGUACUCAUUUGGAUUAUUUCUUCCAACGAUCAUCAAAAAUCUUGGCUUUGCCAAAGAUGCCAACGAGGUUCAGCUGUGGUCCGUUAUCCCCUAUGCCGUAGCAGCUGUUAUCACAGUCAUUGUGGCUUUCAUCUCCGACCGUCUGCGCCUGCGAGGCGUGGUGAUGCUGUUUACUCUCCCACUCGCCAUUAUUGGCUAUGCAGCUAUCGCCAACAUCAAUUCCCCGCGCGUGCAAUAUGGCAUGACCUUCCUCAUGGCAACUGGCCAAUAUGCCAGCGUGCCGUGUAUUCUUGUGUGGCUGUCGAACAACUCUGCAGGUCAUUAUAAGCGUGCCACCACUUCGGCCAUGCAGUUGGCUAUUGCGAAUGCCGGAGGGUUUGUAGCAACCUUCAACUACCCAACUCGAGACGGACCUAUGUUCCACCGUGGGCACACUAUCAUUCUAGGCUUGCUGGUGUUUGCCUGGUUCAUGAUUCUGCUGAACGUGCUAUAUUGCGCAAAAGUCAACCGCGACAAGAAGAAUGGAAAGUAUGAUAAAUAUGCAGGAUAUAACGACGACCGCAAUCCUGAGUUCAUGAUGGUCCUUUGA